GUUUACCUCAACAGACCACAUCUGGUCUUUAAUCAGUAUUGGUAGAGACUUACUGGCGUUUUCAAAAUUGUCCUGUACAGUCAGAUAAUCUAGCCCUUAGUCCUUCAGUAUGAUUUGAAAAGUCACAAAAUGGGUUCUAUACAUGUACAGUAGGUGAAUGUGACAUGAGGAUUUUGUUAUAGGCACGUGUGAGUGGAAGUGCGUGCGUGGGUGGGUCAGGGUGAGUAUAUUGGAAUGGAAUCUAAAGUUCUUUUACUACUUGAGAAAAAGGUUAUGAGUUUAUUUCUUCUUUUACUACUUGAUAAAAAGGUUUUGAGUUCAUGCGUGGCCUCAAAUUAAAAAGUCUGUCACGUGAAUUAAGGUGUAAUAGGGGAUAAAUCGUGACCAACAUGUUCGGACAUGUUACAAUUUAAGACAUCAUCAUUACAUUCCUGAAGCAUUAGUCAUCUAGCGUUCACCUUUACUCUAUAUUACAUUCAUGUGUAUUACAUUCAUAUCACACCAUUAACAUCUGAAAAGGGAUAACAAUAAUGAAAAACUUUCCGCAGGUGUAUCAUUGGUAUAUAAUACGACAUAAGAAACUUGGCAGUCACAUGGGGUCAGGGAGUAAAAAGGUAUAAGCCUGAAAAAUUAUCCUUGUCAUGCUCCCAGCAGUUUCAGUUUUUAUUCACGCUGGUCUUUGUUUUCAUCCAUGAAUCACACAGCCUUAAGACCACAGUUUCUUGGUUUCUAUACAAAUGAGACAUGUGUAGAAUUUGUUCCGUAUUUUCCACAAACGUAUAUAUUUUAUUUAAAGCGGUAUUCAAAGCAGACCUUCCAAUUAACUUAAAAAUGUAAAAAAUAAAAUAAAAUGAGCAAUUCUCAUGUAAGGGAAUAAAAGAAUUAACAGUAACACGAGGCACUGGUGCAACAGUCAGCAACAGGAGAAGUCAACCUCUGCCGGGAACUCUGUCCUCAGGGACUGCAAGGUCAGCAGCUGUUGGGACAGGCUAAGCCCACUGAAUCGACAAAAUGCCUUUUUUUCCAGUUUUUAGUAGGUGCUACAUUGUGCUUACAAGUACAGCAGUCACUGAAAUGGAUGGUUAAAUAAUUGAGCAACUCUGUGGCAAAUGACUGACUCAUGUCCACAGGCAUGCGUGCAGUUAGAUGUGGUUUUGCCAAGUGAGAGUGACUGCCAGGAGGCGCAACGCAGUUCAACACAUGCACCGAGCUUUGCUUUCGUUUUAUAAUCUCUGUCUGUGUGUCUGUCUGUGUGUCUGUCUCUAUGUCUGUCUGUCUGUCUGUGUAUCUGUGUGUCUAUCUCGUGUUUUUUAUUUAAAAAGUUAUCUCACAUUCUCACAGUGUAUAACAUUGGUAAAGUAAUAAACUCGGUUUCUUGUCUUAUUAUCCUUUCUAAUUACAUUCAAUAGAAUAUCAAUAAAAAGUACAGUAAACAUAUAAGUAACAUUAUUGUGAUUAAUGCAAACACAAUGUUAUAAAACACAGUGACGCAGGAAACUGUUGUAGUACUUCCACACUGAAUCAACCAGAAACCAGAAAAUACCAGAAACAAACUUGUGCGCUGUUAGAAUACUAGGGAUCCCGGGUGUUGUUCUAAAGGAGGAAACUCUUACCAUUUAUGGGCAAUGACGUCAUGGCGCGUGCCCAGAUCGCGAGAGAUUCCAGACAAUUGUAUUUCCCGUAAAUACUGAGGGGCGUGGCUAGCGAAUGGUACCGCUUUGAGACUUUACAACCCCACAACGAUCCGCUUUGGCUGUUCAGCUGUGUGACUAAGGACGGGAGGAGGUACCACAAGUCGCUUGGAGACAUUUUAGUGAGCCGAAGAAAAGCAAGGCGACAUCUUUCUUCCUAGUCCUCCCCUUGAGGCGGCACCAGUGUGGACUCGACCGACUUACCCUAAAAAGGUGGGCUCGCCCUGCAUUUGAAUUGAGACACGAGACGAGACUCAUUCAGAAAGUCUUUGGGUGAGGCUACGAGGCGAGACAGCUUCAGUGAGGUACGGGUUUCUUGACAUUUUAACGCGAAGGAUGUAUCGAAACUUUGGGAGUCAAGGACGAGGCAACUCGGAUUAUACGGGCAGCGGUUCUGGGUCGAACUCUGGUUCCCUGGGAAACACAAGCACCUCAAACACUCAACAGGAGCAGAAGUUCACAGCAGCGGGGAGCAGUCAGUUCAUACCAAGCCUCAAUGCCAUCACAAGCAACCAGGACCUUCAGUGGCUGGUCCAGCCCUCCCUCAUGCACCCACCUGGCCCGGCACGAUCACCGGUACCGCCUUACCCAACCCUCUCAGGGGUACGGCCGCUGGUUCCACUUCCUCCUCCAUCACAUCUGCUCAGGCCAGGAGUCAUAAGAGCAGCUACAGCCAGUGCUUCAGCCACAGGAAGACGCAGGAAUGAUGACCAUUUAUCCCAGGACGAGUUAGAGAGGCGCAGAAUACGAAGGGAGCGGAACAAGCUAGCAGCAGCCAAGUGCCGCAACCGCCGUCGAGAGCUGACGGACACGCUGCAAAACGAAACCGAUAAACUGGAAGAUGAAAAGACAAGUCUACAGAAGGAAAUCGACAAGUUACAAAAGGAAAAAGAAAAGCUGGAACUGGUCCUGGAAGCGCAUCGUCCCAUUUGUAAAAUUGAGGACUCUGAUUCUGAUUCUGACCCGCAUCCGUCGCUUUCCUCCUUUGGAGGCAUCAAAGUAGAGCCACAAGUCCCCAGCAGACCCGGACCAUCAAAGAAACUGCCAACAAAGCUGGAGAAGCCCAAACCAAAGAUCACCAUCCCCACCAAGCCUGUGACAUCCGCUGCUUCUGCUGCUGCCCCUGAAUCGGAGUCCCUCCACACCCCGGUGCUGCUCUCCACUCCCUCGCUCACACCCUUCACAGCUAGUCUGAUCUUCACCUACCCCCCGUCGUCUUUAGACCCGCCGGCCUCCGUCCCGCCUCACGCUGCACCACACCAGGCGAGCGCCCAGCAGCCCCAGGCCCCGCGGCCCUGUGGGGCGGCCCACCGCCGCAGCAGCAGCAGCGGUGACCAGUCAGACCACUCCCUGCACUCCCCCACCAUCCUCACACUGUGAUCGGCGGCCCGUCACGCUGGCGAAACACUACUGUUUGAGUCAAUGGACACACACGACCACUGGGAGACAUGACAGAAGUCAAAAUACUGUAACAGUAAAUUCGAAACAAGCCAUGGUGCACCUGCUUCAUUUCAUUUCUUCAGGAAUUUUUACUUAGACAACAAAGUUGUCCUUAUAAGGACGUGAAUGUUACACUGUUAUAGAUUUAAUACAAAUAUACACUUUAUAUUCUUAAAUCUAAAAGCUAUGAAAUGUUACAAAUAUAUUGAUCAUUGAUGAGAGAACUGCAUGUGGAAUAUUUUAUCUAAAGAAUAUUUUUAUGUUGCAUUUAAUGACUUUUUAUGUAACAAAAUUCUAAAAGUCUUUACUAAGGGAAAAGAGAGUACUUACUAAUAAAUGGUACUUAUUUUUGUAUUGAUCCUA